GUGGAGAUUUCAGUAUUUUCAUAUGCAACAAUUCCAGUCACUUAAGUUAUUGAAAUAGAAAUACAACCAAUCGUGUCAAUCACUUUUAUCAUCAUAAGUUUAUAUGGAAUUUUGAAAGGAUUAAUGAUAUUUGUGAAAUCCCAACCCAUAUUACGCAGCUUCAUACCAUGAUAAAUUACCAAUAACCUGUAUGGACCUACUGUAAACAGAGGGUUUCUUGCGGACAACCUCGAACCUCCUAAAAUAGUGUAUUCAAUCAAUCUAAUUAGACUAGUGAUCACACUACGAAUUGAUCGAUAUAAAUUGAACGGGACUAAAAGACCAUACAAUAUGAGACUGAUCAUUAUUCAUUGAACAAACAUUAAAUAAUGUCGAUUGUACUUGAAAGUCAACCGUAUGCAAUAUAUCCUAUUGUGUUUAAUCCUUAUGAAGUGCCAAGUUAUAAACGAUUAGCUACUUUCAGUGGCAUUCCGUUAAAAGAACUUCAUGUAACGUCCACUGAUAACCAUUCAUCAGAUAAGAUCAGAUCAGAAGAUUAUUCAGCUAAGGACUCUUCUUCAUUAUGUUUAAAUGAAUCUAAUGUACGAAAAUAUUCGACGGUUAUUAAAAGACAAGUAAAUACUGAAAAUAAAAAACAAAGUAACCAAAAAUCAUUAUUUAAAACAAUCAAAAAACAAUUACAAGAUAGAAGUGAAGUAGGAAAUAAUUGGUUAUUAACAUCAAAAAUCAAUUUAAUUCCAAGACAAGUAAUUUCAUCCAAGAAACCAAUUAUACCAACUCCAAACAUGGAUAUGUUUCAAGUGAAUGCAGAUAAAAAUAAUUAUAUUUCCAAAACAGCUCGAUCAACUUCAAGCAAGCUAACAUUUAAUGAAAGACCACACUCGGUUGCAUCUACCCAUUCAAGACUUUCGAAUCACCCUAAUCCAGAACACGAUACUAAUAUAUCAACUGCUAGUUCGCAUAGGAGUAGUAAACGUUUUCAAUAUUUAUCUGAAAAAACCAUCGGAAGGGCAAAACCAAGUCGCCCAAAUAGUGCUCCGUGCAUUCUGGAAGAAUAUGGUAGAGCUGCCCCAGUUAUUUCAGAACUGGAAGGUGACGUGGCAGAUACUGAGUCUGUUGUGUCAUUUAGUGUCAACAAUACUGACCAAGAGUCAUCGGAUUUCACAUCAGACCAGAAAUCGUUGGACCAAACAGUUAGAAGAGAGGAUGAGAAAUUAGACGCAAAUGCCAGGAUUUCCCCAGAGAUAUUUGAUAGGAAGUUAUUAAAAGAAUGUAAAAUCGUGUUAGAAGAUGAAUAUGACCAAGCUUUGAGAUGUUACGGGUGGAGAAUGGAAAUACCUGGUGAUCCUCUCAAUUUAAAAUCCAAAUUAUUACCUAAACGAUUACCAUACAGCGUUAAAUUGCAUUUACAACCAACUUUACGUCAACCACCAAAAAUGACGAAACAAAAUGUCGAAACAUUCUUUCAACCAACUGUUAAAAUUCCAAUACCAAGUUUCACAAUCCAUCCAGAUUUUACUUCAGAAUUCUAUAAUGCACAUAGAAAUUAUAUGAUUAAAAAAGAUCUUUGGGAUUACGCUACACGUAAUUAUUCAUUUGCAUAUUAGACUAUUAUGUUAUGUAAAAAAAUAUUAUUCUCUUAUAUAUACGUUUUAUUCACUAUGAAAAAAUUACUUCAGUAUGUAGAAUAUGCUUUAUAUAUGACGCAUAUGUAGAAAACAAGACAUUUUAAUGAUUUAUUUACUGAGCUUGGUGGUCAGGGUGAUAUUACUGUACUGAAUGACAAUGGUUUUAUAAUAUAAGCCUUUUUAAUUCAGAAAACUCAGGACCAUCAAAAGCAUCCUACCGAAUUCUCUAUCAUUUCAAUGAGGUAUAUAAUUUAUUAUGCAUAUAAAGUACUCUGUUU